GCCGGGUCCCCGCUCGGCUCUGGAGACAAGUCAGCAGCGGUCCUCGGUGCGCCCGGGAGGGAGGAGCUCAGGAACGGGCCCGGGGCUGCUCGAGCCCGGAGUCGGCCGGGGAAGCCGCCACAGGAAGUGGUUCCGGGAUCUAAAUUAACGACUUGGUAUGGCAAUGAAGAAAGAGACUGACUUUGCUAUUUUCACCUGAAGAAAAAUGAUAUACAGAAAUCAAACUUGUGUUGCAGGACAGGAUUCCUUGCCUUAUAUGACUUGUCUGGUUCACAUCCUGGAAGAAUGGCUUGGUGUGGAGCAGUUGGAGGACUAUUUGAAUUUUGCAAACCAUCUCUUGUGGGUUUUUACCCCACUCAUACUUUUAAUACUUCCUUACUUUACCAUCUUCCUUCUUUACCUUACUAUUAUUUUCCUGCACAUUUAUAAGAGGAAGAAUAUGUUAAAAGAAGCCUAUUCUCAUAAUUUAUGGGAUGGUGCCAGGAAAACAGUGGCUACCCUGUGGGAUGGACAUGCAGCGGUGUGGCAUGGUUAUGAAGUUCAUGGCAUGGAAAAAAUCCCAGAAGGACCAGCACUUAUAAUUUUUUAUCAUGGAGCAAUUCCUAUAGAUUUUUACUACUUCAUGGCUAAAAUCUUUAUCCACAAAGGCAGGACAUGCCGAGUAGUAGCUGAUCACUUUGUCUUUAAAAUUCCAGGGUUUAGUUUAUUACUUGAUGUAUUUUGUGCUCUACACGGACCAAGAGAAAAAUGUGUUGAAAUUCUGAGGAGUGGGCACUUGUUAGCUAUCUCACCAGGUGGAGUUCGGGAGGCCCUCAUUAGUGAUGAAACCUACAACAUCAUAUGGGGCAACCGGAAAGGCUUUGCUCAGGUCGCAAUUGAUGCACAAGUGCCCAUAAUUCCUAUGUUUACACAAAACAUUCGAGAAGGAUUUAGAUCACUUGGAGGAACAAGGUUGUUUAGGUGGCUGUAUGAAAAAUUCCGCUAUCCAUUUGUACCAAUGUAUGGGGGUUUUCCAGUGAAGUUGCGAACCUAUUUAGGGGAUCCCAUUCCAUAUGAUCCAAAGGUCACAGCAGAAGAAUUAGCUGAAAAGACCAAGAAUGCUGUUCAAGCUUUGAUUGAUGAGCACCAAAGAAUACCAGGAAAUAUUAUGAGUGCAUUGUUAGAACGUUUUCAUAAAAAACAGAAGGUCAACUAGAUGACUUAAUACGUCUAAAUUAGUAUGUUUGCAACUAUAGUACUGUCUUUUACCUUUUAUAAGUCAGAUACUUGGUAUUUUUAAAAGAUCAUGUUAAUAAGCAUCUUUCUUAGAUCUUGUUUAUUUAAAUUUAUAUUGUCAGUUGUGAUUUUGUAAUCAAUUGUGUCAAAUUUAAUAAGCAACUCAUUACAUGCCUAAUAAUUCAGAAAAUGAUCAUAUUUUAUUUGUAAAUUCUUAGUAUGGUAAACAUUUUUAUGUUCUUGAAGUCAAACAUUUUUAAUAACAACAGUUUAGACAGCAGUUUAGAGCAGUAUUCCUGAAUAAUGCAUCUAAUUUCUGUGUUUGUUUGGCUGAACUAAUUUAGAGAGAAGGUAUAUGUUAAGGUUUCACAUAAUUGCUUGAUUAGGCUAGGUAAGAUAUGCUUUUAUUUGUGCUUCAGUCCUUUUGUAACUUUGAACAAAUCAUGCAAUGCUUUUUGUGCCUCAAAAGUUUAAUUUUUAAAAACAUGAAAAUAAUGUGGUAAAGAAAAUUAUUUUGAGUGGUUUAUCUUGACUGUGAUUGAUAACUGUUGAACCAAAAUUAUAACUGAAUUAGUUACACAAUAUCAAACUCUUUAGGAGUGUGUACAUAUAUUUGUCCAUUUUCAAAUAUGAUGUCUGGUUGCCAAGCACAAUGAAAAAGGUGUACUGUAUUUAUUCUUCAAAGUAAGUAAAAAGAAAUUAAGAAUAGU